AGCAAGUGGCUGAGGUGGAAUUAGAACCCAGGUCUCCUGACUCUCAGGCCCAUGCGCUUUCCGCCGGACCACGCCUACCUGCGGUUAAUUUUCACGUCCACCUCCUUGAAGGUAGGGAGCGUGUCUACGGACACGCAGGUUGUAUAAAACUGGACGAAGGGCUAUCUUUGUGCCCAGAGAGAUGCCCUCUGAAGCCAGCCCGUUGCCACAGCUCUAACGCGAGCCGGACGCUUUCCUCCUGCCAGUCUGGAUGCCUGGGGCCAGGGAGGUUUUAAUCCUCCCUCGAAGGGCACUGACCGUCAGUCACGACAGACCAGACUGUGUCAAAGGGACAAGCGGAAACCGGAGGCAGCCCCAGGACCCUUCGCUAGGGAGUGCUCGGCAUUCACUUUCAGCUCCACACACACACCCAACUCACGUUAGGCUUCACUGGUUUCGAGUUGUCGCCGGGUAUUUACCUUUCCACCCAAGAGUAGAUUAAACAUUUCUCCUCACACCAUUCUGGGGUGGAGGGCCUCAGGUGCCGACAAGGGUGUUUGCCUGGCCGCGGUACGGAUUAGCAGAGAAACUGAGGUCACUUUGCUGCCUCAGAGAGAGUCUGGCAGCACUUCUGGGAGGUGGCGUUUUCGUCGUCUCGGUUUAGGUGGCACGGAAUUCCACGCUGCCCAAGGCCUCCAAAGUAGCCGCCGGGAAGGAGCAAUGUCCGCUCUGGCCAACGUGACGCGGGCGCUGGAAGAUGCUUUCCAGCGGAUCUUCGUCUCCUAUAUGAACUCGUUGCGCAGCAACACGACGGCCCAGCAGGCAGCACUGCGGGCCCGGGUGGCGGCGGAGAACUUCUCCUAUGUCAUCCUGUACCUUCUGGUCAUGAUGGGCAUGUUCUCCUUCGUCAUCGUGGCCAUCCUCGUGAGCACCGUCAAGCCCCAGCGGCGGGAACGCCCCGACGACCCGCACCACCAGUACCUCGAGGACGAUCGGAGAGGGGGGUACAAGAACCGAGUCGCGAGCGCCGCAGAGCCCCACCUCACCGUCUGGGAGAACCCGGGGGCCACCGGGUGAGAAGCGGGGGAUGUCCACCCCCUGAGCCCUUGGAAACGCCCUGCGAAGUUAUCGGCCCACUCAACCCUUUUUAUUAUUAUCAUCAUUAAAGGCAUUUGGGAAAUAGCA